AUGAAUUAUGUUGACUUCAGGUCACUAUGGUCUGAUUUUCAAUCCAAGCUUGAAGAAGGAAAGCUUCACAUAGUAACUGAGUUGCUUUAUGGCCUAUGGAGAAGGAGAAAUGAAGUAGUAUUCGAAGGAAAGUUCAAAGGCCCUUCUAUAAUCUUUCAGUUGGCAUUACAUGAAGUAGAGGUAACCAAGUUGGCUCAAGAAAAGCCGAGAGAGAGUCAAGCAAGUCCAACAGUAGCGAUGAGAACUCUGUGGAGACCCCCUAGAUUGGAUUAUAUGAAAGUGAAUGUUGAUGUAGCCAUGGAUAAAAGGAUGGGAAGGACAGGUAUCGAUAUUGUAGUGAGGAACUGCAGUGGUGAGGGAACUAGGCCUCAGACAGGUGCAACUGGAAGGAGAUGA